GUUAAACUCGAACUGACUCAUUUAUCAAAACGUUGGUUCGUCAAUAUCAUGAGUUUAACUCGAGCUCAAACCUGCUCCUGAACAGUUUAGCUCAUUAACAUUCCCAACUAGCAACCCAGUAGUAUUACUCAACCCAAAACUUGUAAAACCUGGAAAAAUGGCCGGUUUCACAAUUCUGUCAAUUCGCGGGCUAACGGAGCGCCGGCCAAAUGUCAAACGAUGUCGUUUAAUGCAGCAGAGGAAAGUGAUAAAAGAAAAAUGCAAAAAAAAAAAAAAAACCGAAAAUUGAUUCGUCUCUCUCGGCAAUCGGCAUCGUCUUCCCCGUUUUUCAUUUCAGUUCAGUCUUCAGUCCCAAAUCGUAUCCCUAAUUUUUCUUUCUUCGUCUCCCCCACACGGCAGCUGUGGCGGCAUCCGACCAUCACCAGCCCUCUCACUCGCUUCGCCGGCAUCGUCUCGAUCAGUCACUCUAGCCGCUCGCCUUUCCCCGAUUCAGGCUCUCCCCUGCUCUCCAAUUCCCCCGCGCGGCCCACUCUUUCUCAGUGUUACCUCUCCACUAAGCUUCGCUUCCACUUCGACAUCCUUCCGCGGUCUCCUCGCCCCCCGCGAAGGUAAGCUUCCUCUUCCCCCAACCCUCUGCCAUUCGUCUUCCUCCCAACCUUAACAUUUCUCCUCGCCAUUUCCAGGACACAGUGUAUCAACAUUUCCGCCGCCUCCCCUCCGCCGAGAAGUAUUGGGAACUGACAAGUAGGGAGAAGAAAGACCAAACUAUGCAAACAGCUUGUCAUCUCCGUCCAAUUUUUCACUUGCCCAACCGAAGGGUUGUUGUAAAGCCAAAUGGGUGGACAAAAGUCGGAAACUUGAAUUGUGACAAUCUGCGCUUCACCAGAAGAACAGAACUGUACAAGUUCCCAUCACAAACCACAUUUGAUGCAGUAUCUGAAGCAAAUGAUGGGCAUCUUCUCUCUGCCUCUAUGGUGGAAGAAGUUGAAAACACAAAUCACGCCCCAACUCAGGAAGAAGCGCUGCCUUCGUUCGACAAAUGGUCCCCUCCUGAAUACCUGUGGAGGGGAUUUUCAGUUUUUGUGUUGGCGGGUCAGGUAAUCUCGAGGACUUUAAAGGGAAAAGUUCAUUGGAGGAAUACCCUGCAACAACUGGAGAGAGUUGGACCGAAGUCAGUAGGGGUAUGUCUCUUGACUGCUGCUUUCGUUGGCAUGGCUUUCACCAUUCAAUUCGUUCGAGAGUUCACAAGAUUGGGCUUAAAUAGAGCUGUCGGCGGUGUCUUGGCUCUAGCAUUUUCACGGGAGCUUAGCCCUGUGGUCACGUCAAUUGUGGUUGCUGGACGAAUGGGAAGUGCAUUUGCUGCGGAGCUGGGGACGAUGCAGGUAUCCGAGCAAACCGACACUCUGAGGGUGCUUGGAGCAAACCCGGUUGAUUAUCUGGUCACCCCACGAGUGAUCGCUUCGUGCAUUGCUCUACCGUUCCUGACUCUGAUGUGUUUCACCGUGGGGAUGGCAUCCAGUGCCUUGCUAGCGGAUGCUGUUUACGGGGUCAGCAUCAACAUUAUCAUGGAUUCAGCUCAUAGAGCACUUAGAUCGUGGGACUUAAUUAGCGCAAUGAUCAAGUCCAUGUGUUUUGGUGGUAUCAUAUCUACUGUGAGCUGUGCAUGGGGAAUAACAACGAUUGGAGGUGCCAAGGGUGUGGGGGAGUCGACAACUUCAGCCGUCGUCAUCUCUCUCGUGGGCAUCUUUGUUGCUGAUUUUCUGCUCUCUUCCUGUUUCUUCCAAGGAGCUGGGGAUUCUCUCAAGAGGUUAUAGUUCUCCAUCUAUUCUUUCUCCUAGUAUAGAAGAACUUACUGCUUUUUUACCUUGUAGUGUACCCUGGUAGUCAAAUGUUAGAUGCUGCCUCUUCCCUGUGUUGUUGCCUGGCAUGUUCUUGUUUAUCAGAUGAAUGCACAAUUAGCUUUGCCAAGUCAAAUGUUACUUGGAGAUGCUCCAAUUAUGAUCCAGAACCCGUAUGCGAGGUUGUAUUGGAAAAGUUAGUAAUAGAUUAUCUUUUUGUUG